CUCGCCAAAUCCGUACUAAUGGCUUGACUUGCUUCCGAAUUCGGGAAAGCUGACACUGCAUGCCGAAUCAGUGUUGGGCUGACUGAAUGUCUCGGCGAGAGCCUCACCUUGAUUACUGAUAGCGAGUCCAAUCAUGCAUACUUGGUGGAAUUCUCUCAGUGCCGAGAGAAAUCACAGCAACGGGCUGGUUAAUGCUCACUCCUCCCAGGAGAUUGAAACACUUACACACCAAUUUUACCUGGCUGAAUGGAUAGUUUCAACGACGGUCUCCUCCCUUGGAAUCGCUUCCACCGUGUGUGGACAAGUCACUAUGCCUUUUCCCUCAGCCGCUCUACAAGUGCACUUAUGCCUACCCUGGGACGCGCCAGAGGACUUCCUACCUUUCACGAAGCUUUGUGGAUCCUUUCACCGUGACUUGAGCGCUCGCCAGAGGUGCAAUAUAGUCUUCGAACCAAAACACCAUUCAGGCUUUCAGUAUUUCCCUUGCCACUCAUUCAUCGUCUUUCUCCACACGCUCCUGCUCGUGCCCCACUCACUAGCUUCUUCAACCAGCUCUCCACACCAAGUACCGACAACAUUGACCACUAUUCUCCGGCGCGUCACCACACCAAUCAGACGGCUUAGCCCGGUACUUCUAUCAUGAGUCUGGACUAUACGGCGCCCGUAUCGCCCAUAUCGCCUCCGGGGUCUAGCUUCAGCGAACUUGCCUUUCAGCUUCGAUACCCCUCGCU